AUGGAUUCCCUGUUUUCACGUGGUCGGAAGCGCGUUUUCUCAGCGGCUUCCACCCGCAACGACGUGGUGCUGUCGCUUCCACCGUCAUGGCGGGACGCUCUCGUUGAAGGGGAGAGAAGGCGGCAGAAAAAGUCUCUGGACUCAUCUGAGGAGCGGCCGUCGGCGCCGGAGGUUUGCCUUGUGUGCCACGGCUUUAGACAUGUACGGCCUGCGGAGUCACCCCGUAUUGAGCCCGCGUUACUGCGUCGCACUAUCCUUCAUCCAAGUCCGCCUGCGUUUAUGAGUGCGAUAUGCGUUGACCUGGAGACAACGGGGUUUUCUGCGCAGCGUGAUGAUAUUGUUUCCAUCGGUGCGGUGGAGCUGCGUUGGGACGGGACGACUUUGCAACAAUGGGUAUUGGGCGCCCGAUCUUUUUUCCGCACUGUGCGGCCAUCGAAGCCCAGCAGUCACCAGGCGGAGGCGGUGCAUGGCCUUUCAUUUGAAAUGCUGCGAGACGCACCACUACUCGAAGAUGUCAUCUCGGAUUUUGCCGCGUUUCUCAUUCAACUAGACGGCAAUUUGCCGCAGUCGGGGCAGACGGAGGAAAACCAUCGUGCCAAGCCCGGCGAUUUGUCUGCCAAGAAACGUUGCACAGCGGCGACCACCGCCGGCUGUGUGCUUACGCUUCCGCCCGUCAUUGCCCACAACGCGAAUUUCGAUGCCUCCUUUCUGCAGCGUGCGGUGUCGGGGGCCGGCUGGCGGGUGGUGUGGGAUGAAUAUGCCCCGCUUACGUGCACACAGUCGAUGUUUCGGGCACUGUACUCUCACCAGGCGGCCGACUUGUCACGUGCGUGCCAGUUCUGCGGCGUUGACACUUCGGGAAGGGACGAGCGACACGACGCGCUGCACGAUGCGCAACUCUGCGGGCGUCUUUUUCUUCGACUGGCCGAGAAGUGGCCCUUUCGUCGAUGA